AUGCAACUCAUCCCAUCCAGACGCAGCUAUCUGUUUCUACACUUGCUUGCAUUUUUCUACUAUGCUCAGGUAACCAAUCAGUCCCCGCCUAAUUUCACGCAGCAUGUAAGCGAGCAGAGCAAAGUGACGGACCGCGUGAGCCGCAGGUUGAUCCGGAUCUACCAGCUGUACAGCCGGACCAGCGGCAAGCACGUGCAGGUCCUGCCCAACAAGAAGAUCAACGCCAUGGCCGACGAUGGAGAUGUCCACGCCAAACUCGUCGUGGAAACGGACACAUUUGGGAGCAGAGUGCGCAUCAAGGGAGCCGAGACGGGCUUCUACAUCUGCAUGAACAAGAGGGGGAAGCUCAUCGGCAAGAAAAACGGCCAGGGCCGGGACUGUAUCUUCACCGAGAUCGUGCUGGAAAACAACUACACAGCUCUGAGGAACGCCCGCUACGAGAGCUGGUACAUGGCCUUUACACGUCGUGGGCGGCCACGGAAAGGCUCACGCACACGCCAGCAUCAGCGCGAGGUCCAUUUUAUGAAGAGGCUGCCGAAGGGGCAGCAGCCCGCCCACGCGAGCCACCACCGCCCAUUCGACUUCAUCCAUUACCCCUUCAGUCAAAGGACUAAACGUACACGGUACUCGUCAGAGCGCUGA